AUGAAUCAUAGCUCUCUCUUUCUCUCUCUCUCUUUCUCUCUCUCUCUCUCUCUCUCUCUCUCUUUUCUCACUUUCUCUGCACCAACAGCUCACAGCCCAACCUCAACCCGGAGCCAGCAAGUAAACACGUGUCGGCUGAAAACUGUCGUCCAGUGGGUUUGGUACUGUCGGAAUAGUCAUUCACCAUCUGCGAGCGGAACUCUCCAAACACAGGAGAUGGAUAUAUUCGCCGAACGUUUGCUGGAGAGAUCAGCUGCAGGAGAUAUCCACGAGGUGGCACAUCUACUGCAAACUGGAGUGACAGCAGAUGUUCAAAAUGAACACGGCUGGACUGCCCUGAUGUUUGCUGCCAAAAAUGGACAUAGUCAAAUCAUUGACAUGCUGCUUGAAAAGGGGUGCAAAAGCGAAUUGCAGACAGAAGGUGGACAAACGGCAGCAGAUAUAGCAAAACUCUGGGACCAAAGCAGAAUCGCCGCACUCUUAGGUGCUAAUUCGGCUAAUUCACGGAUCUCUCGGAAAACGGCCAUCCUCUCUGAAAUUUCAAAUCCACAAAUAAAGGGAGAAAAUAUUCAAAAUGUAUUUCUGCAGAGGACCACAGAUAAAAGAAAAGACGUCCUCUGGCUUGAUAUCAUGUUCAAAGACGAUUUUACUAAAUUUAUCUUAUUUUCCGAUAUGCAAGUUUUCGUGUCGAUUAAGAACGGUACGAAGAAAAAUGAGAAAUCUCAUCAUCAGCUGGUGACAGCCAGCUAUAAAGACAUUGACUUUUACUUGGCAAUCAAACCCCUAACAGUAUUUCUUGGAGUGCAGCUUGUCAAUCAAAAGGACGACCGACAUCCCAAAGAAAGGGCUUGGUUUGCUGUAGAUGCUUCAGCAAUGGACAAAGAGAAACUGCAAAGUAUCCUACCACGAGGCCAUUUUAUAUCCCCAUUUCCGGCGUUCUUGCACUUGAACACGCUCGAAAAGUGUAUCUUUUCAGCUGCGUGUUCUUUGAUGGCAUGGCACCGGCAACACCAUUUCUGUCCGUCGUGUGGCUCCAAUACUGCACCCGAAGAUGCUGGAUCAAAAAGGACUUGCAAAAACGUUCAGUGUACAAGUCGUUCAGGAUUGUUCAAUACAAAUUAUCCACGGGUGGAUCCCUCCGUCAUCAUGCUUGUUUUGAACUCUUCACAGACGCAUUGCUUGCUCGCACGGAAAAAGAACUUCCCUUCAGAUAUGUGGUUUUGUUUAUCAGGCUAUUUAGAACCGGGAGAAACUAUAGAAGAGACUUGCCAAAGAGAAGUUGCUGAACAAGUCCAUCUUGAAGUGACCAGCACAAAUUACCAUUCCAGCCUUCCUUGGCCGUACCCUACGGCGCUUUUGAUUGGGUGUAUUGUGCAGGCUGUGACGCAAGACCUUAAGGUAAACAAAGAAGAAUUAAAAGACGCUCAGUGGUUCAGCUGGUCAGAUAUGGGCUUGAUGUCCAGUAUUCAGCAUCCAGCCAAUUACAAGCUUCCACCAGACCAGACCUUAUCAUACCGUCUAAUUGAAUGGUGGAUGCAUAGCCAUCAGUCAACGACAGACAACAAGAAUCAUAUAUGUUAA